AUGACUAACGAAAAGAUCGAACUUAUUAGAGCUCGACUGAAAGCGGCUCAAGAUCGGCAGAAGGCUUAUGCGGAUAAGAGGAGACGUCCUAUUGAGUUUCAAGUUGGAGAUUAUGCUGCAUACCGUUUAGAAUUGCCGCCUACUUUAGACGGGAUUCACAAUACCUUACACGUAUCGCAAUUAAGAAAGUGCCUUGCGGAUGAAGCGGCGUUUGUGCCUCUUGAUGAUAUUGAAUUGGAUGAGGGGUUGAAUUACAUUGAAAGGCCGAUAGCUAUAAAAGACGUUAAGGUAAAGAACCUCCGCAACAAAGCCAUUAGACAAGUGUUGGUUCAAUGGCAACACCGAAAGGGAUCGGAACUUACAUGGGAAGCGGAAGAUGAAAUGGGAAGGCACUACCCUUUUCUCUUCGGUACGUAA